AUGGAUGAAACGAUGUGGGAUGGGUGUGCUUCAGAGUGGGAUGGGGAUGACGAGGUUGAUGGUUGUGCUUCAGGUGGUGGGGUGGAAAUGAAGAGCUACUUCUUCGUGCGUUCCUGGAAAGUUGGUGCUGCUCCGCUCGCUGGUGCUUCGAUCGGCGCUGCCCCGCUCGCUGGUGCUUCGAUCGGCGGAGCUCCGCCGCUCGCUUGUGCUUCAGACGGCGGGGCUCCGCCGCUUGCCGGUGCUUCGAUCGGCGGGGCUCCGCUGCUCGGUGGUGCGUCGAUCGGCGGAGCUCCGCCACUUGCCGGUGCUUCAAUCGGCGGGGCUCCGCCGCUCGGUGGUGCUUCAGACGGCGGGGCUCCGCCGCUUGCCGGUGCUUCGAUCGGCGGGGCUCCGCUGCUCGGUGGUGCGUCGAUCGGCGAAGCUCCGCCGCUUGCCGGUGCUUCGAUCGGCGGGGCUCCGCCGCUUGCCGGUGCUUCGAUCGGCGGGGCUCCGCUGCUCGGUGGUCCGUCGAUCGGCGGAGCUCCGCCGCUUGCCGGUGCUUCGAUCGGCGGGGCUCCGCCGCUCGCUGGUGCUUCGAUCGGCGGGGCUCCGCUGCUCGGUGGUGCGUCGAUCGGCGGGGCUUCGCCGCUCGCUGGUGCUUCGAUCGGCGGGGCUCCGUUGCUCGGUGGUGCGUCGAUCGGCGGAGCUCCGCCGCUCGGUGGUGCGUCGAUCGGCGGAGCUCCGCCGCUCGGUGGUGCUUCGAUCGGCGGCGUUCCGCUUGGCGGUGCUUCAGACGGCGGGGCUCCGCCGCUUGCCGGUGCUUCGAUCGGCGGGGCUCCGCUGCUCGGUGGUGCGUCGAUCGGCGGAGCUCCGCCGCUUGCCGGUGCUUCGAUCGGCGGGGCUCCGCCGCUCGCUGGUGCUUUGAUCGGCGGGGCUCCGCUGCUCGGUGGUGCGUCGAUCGGCGGAGCUCCGCCGCUUGCCGGUGCUUCGAUCGGCGGGGCUCCGCCGCUUGGCGGUGCUUCGAUCGGCGGCGUUCCGCUUGGUGGUGCUUCGAUUGGCGCUGCGUCGCUCGGCGGUGCUCCGCUCGGCGGCGCUCCGCUCGGCGGUGCUCCAAUCGGAGCCGCCUCUCCCAGCGAGCAGGAGAAAUCAACAACCACCGAUCCUCUGGAGGCAUAG